AUGACCUCCCUUGCUGCAGUAAAUGCAGACUUUUGCUUCAAUCUGUUCCGAGAGAUCGAUAACAGUCAAGGAAGUGGGAAUGUGUUCUUUUCCUCUCUGAGCAUCAUCACUGCCCUGGCCAUGGUCCGCUUGGGUGUGCGAGGUGACUGUGCUUCUCAGAUGGAUAAGAUUCUCCACAUCAAUGCUGUCAGCUCAGGACAUGGAAACUCUUCUAAUACGCAGCCAGGAGUCCAAUCUCAACUGAAAAGACUUCUCUCCAACAUAAACUCAUUCCACCAGGAUUACGAACUCAGCAUUGCCGAUGGUCUUUUUGCAGACAAAGUGGUUGACUUUCAUGAGGAUUAUAUUAGGUGUGCUGAAAAAUUAUACAAUGCCAAAGUGGAAGGAGUCGACUAUACAAAUGCUGUAGAAGACACCAAAUAUAAAAUUAACAAAUGGGUUGAAGAUGAGACUCAUGGCAAGAUCAAGAGCAUCAUAGACGAAGGGAGCAUCAGCUCCUCCGCCGUCAUGGUGCUGGUGAGCGCCGUGUACUUCAAGGGCAGGUGGGAGUCGGCCUUCACCAAGCAGGACACGGUGAGCUGCCGCUUCAAAUCCCCCAAGUGUCCUGGGAAAGCUGUCUCCAUGAUGUAUCAAGAACGGAUAUUCAACUUGUCUGUCAUUCGGGACCCGUAUAUGCAAGUUCUUGAACUCAGAUAUCAUGGAGGUAUAAGCAUGUACAUAAUGCUGCCUAAGAGUGGAAACCUCUCCCAAAUCGAAAAACAGCUGACCUUUGAGAAUCUAAUGAAAUGGACCAGCCCCAGAAAAAUGAGGCGCCAGUACGUGAAGGUGUUUCUCCCUCGGUUCAAGAUAGAGAAGAAUUAUGAACUCAAACGCUAUUUACAAGCCCUGGGGCUGGGAGGGAUCUUCGACGAAUCCAGAGCUGAUUUCUCUGGCCUGGCUUCAGGAGGUCGUCUGUAUUUGUCGAGAAUGGUGCACAAGUCACACAUCGAGGUUAACGAGGACGGCACAGAGGCAGCUGCCGUCUCAGAAAACGACAUCGUAGAAAAGCGACUCCCUGCGUCUACGGAGUUCAGAGCUGAUCACCCAUUCUUAUUUGUCAUCAGCAAGGGUGACAUCAUCUUGUUCAGUGGCAAAGUCUCUUGCCCUUGA